CAUGUGGAUCUGACGUGGCAUGACCCCGUGACUUGUCACGGUCCUGAGCUCUGCGUGGUUGUCGCAUAUACAGUGCUCCUGCUAGCAGGAUGGUCAGGGCAGGCUGAAUCGGCAUCUAUGUCUGUGUCCCUUACAGCUUUCUCUGUCCCAGCCAUCUCUCCACUGAAAGAGGGGAGACAAAGCACCAGCAGUGGGCUGAGAUGAUUUGGGAAGGCAGACGGAGGAGGACAGAGAAAGCAUGGAGAUGAGCUAGGGCCGCAGUCCAGGAAAAAAGUUGACAAGGGCUGGCUCCUAUUCAGGCUGCAGGGUCAAAGUGGAGGACGCUUGUGGUGUGGUGCCUGGUAUGUUGUUGGUGCUGCCUGGAGAAAGGGAUGCCAGAGGGGCCGUCCGUGAGGAAGUUUCACCAUCUGGUUUCUCCCUUUGUGGGGCAGCAGGUGGUCAAGGCAGGAGGCAGCAGCAAGAAGCUAAACCCCACAAGUUUCCAGUCCCUCUGGCUGCAGGACAGCCAGGUCCAUGGAAAGAAAUUAUUCCUUAGAUUUGAUCCAGAUGAAGAAGCUGUGUCCCUGGGCAAUUCCCCACUGUCAGAGCCUCUACGAAAAGGAGAGCAGAAGGACAAAGCCAGUCACCACCAAGAAGCCUCUGACCCGUCCUCCCAGUCCCCAGGAGGAGACAGUGCUGUCCCCAGUGGAGAUGAUGGUCUGCAGUGUUUGGGGGGAGACACCCCUGCAGGAGGUGCUGAGAGGUGGCUGCAGGUCAGCUUUGGUUUGUUUGGCAGCAUUCGAGUGAACGAGUUCUCCAGAGCGAAGAAGGCAAACAAGAGGGGUGACUGGAGGGACCCUGUUCCCAGGCUGGUCCUACAUUUCAGCGGGAGCGGCUUCCUGGCCUUCUAUAACUGUCAGAUGACAUGGCGCUUCUCUUCCCCUGUGGUCAGUCCCGCCUCUGACAUCUUGUCAGAAAUGUUUCACCGAGGACAGGCCCUGGAGGCUCUGGGCCGGGAGCAGCCCAUCUGCUAUACACUGUUGGACCAGCGAUACUUCUCAGGCUUAGGGAACAUCAUUAAGAACGAGGCCCUGUUCAGAGCCGGGAUCCACCCGCUUUCUCCAGGCUCCCUCCUGGGUCUUCCACGCCUCGAGGCCCUGGUGGACCAUGUGGUGGCCUUCAGUGCAGACUGGCUGCAGGGCAAAUUCCAGGGCACACGGCAGCACACGCAGAUCUACCAGAAGGAGCAGUGCCCUGCCGGGCACCAGGUGGUGAAAGAGUCCCUGGGGCCGCCGGGGGGCUUCCAGAGGCUCACGUGGUGGUGCCCCCAGUGCCAGCCCAGGUUGUCAGCAGAUGAGCCCAAGCAGGUGCAGCCCUCCUAGAGCAUCCAGCCUCCUUCUAUAUGGAGCUUUGCCCUGAAGGGACUGUGAUGCCUGAGCAUUGCAGACAGAGCUGUGGGCAGAGAUUGGGACUGGGCACAGGAAUUGGGUGGUUGGGAUGCUAGGACUAUUGAUGUCCAUCUCACUGCAGUGAGUUCAGUCUAGGGCGGUUUUCACAAAGUUUGAUUUUGUUCUCUGCUAGUUUUGGUUAAUUCUUCCUAUCUGAUCCCCAUUGUGAAAGAUGAGACAAGUCACAGUGGCACUUUAGGGAAGACCUCCCGAAAUGACAGUGUGGCAGAGCAAGUGAGAACCAGUGGGAGACAGCCAGGCCCAGCUCUGCUUUGCACAUGUUUUAUUUGGUUUGGUUUUGGUUUUAAAACACUGGCUGGAGUUAAGAUCCUCCAUUUGAGAACCAGGGAAAGGGAAUUAUCAUCCUUCUUUUUUCCCCAAGAGGGAUCCAGGGCUGAGGGGGAAGUAACAGGAGAGUAGUGCCCAAAUUUAGCCUCCCAAUUGGACCCUUCCCGUGGGACAGAGAAGGAGGAGAGACAGGAUCAGGGAGCUGGCCACGUUCCUGGUGUGUCCAAUGGGUUAUAGAAAAAAAAAAAAAAAAAACAAAACCUUGUUUCCUCCUCAAGGUGAUGUAUUUGUGACUAUUGACAAGCUCACCAGUACAGGGAUCAAAGUUGUUAGCGAAACCUUGAAGAAACCAGGACAUGGAAAUAAAGCUGUUCAUUACUU